UCCGCUGUUCCAGCCAUGCCACCGGUAUAUAACGUGCCCUACAGGACCUCGCUGGCCAAGAGCUUCGAAGUCGGCACUGUGUUGAGAAUUCGUGGUGUUGUCCCCAAAGAUGCUAACAGGUUCUACAUAAACCUGCUGUGCAGUGACGAUCCAGACAGUGAGAUCGUCCUGCAUUUCAACCCCCGUCUGGAUGAAUCCUCGGUGGUCUUCAACACCAUGGAGUGCAGCGCCUGGGGCUCAGAGGAGCGCGGCGGUAGCCCUGCCUUCCAGCGUGGGGAGCCCUUCGAACUGCACCUCAUUGCCAAGAAAGACGGCUUCAAGGUUGUGAUCGGGGACGAGGAAUACCACCAGUUCAGCUACCGGCUCCCACCACAGCGCGCGCUCUGGAUGGAAGUGGGCGGGGACGUGCAGCUGGAGUUUGUGAAGCUCUUCUGAGCCUUCCCAGGAGGGCAGGUGGGGACGGGGCACAGGGCUCUUGAGUGACAAAUAAAGUCUUAGCCUCUCGUC